CCUUACAAGGCUGCGCGCGAAGCUCCCCCUCCUCGUUCUCGUAGGUGGCAGGGGGCGGAGCUCUUGGCGCCGAGGUUUUGGGACCCUGCUUUGGCUCUUCCCUCCCAGAAUCGAGCCGCUGGUCCUGCGCUCCGGAGCAAAAGCCGCCGCCGCCGCCGCCUGCCGACUCCGACGCGUGCCGAGCAGCUGCAGAAAGGCCGCGCUUUGCAAGCUUCCAUGUGUACUGGGGCCGGAUCGGCGCAGGCAGCUUCCGUUGGAGAUGAAGAAGUAACAAGAAGAAGUUCCAUCUCUGCCAUACCAGGAAUCUUAAGGAUAAAAGAAGUGAGUCUGACGGCGCUUAUGGAAGAUUUCCUUGGACUCCAAGGUUCCUGGGACUGAGGAAAUAUCUACAGAUCUCCAAAACUAGUAUAUCAGGUGGUGGAUUUUGUUCCAAGUUCCUUUGGGUCAUCAUGACUGGGAAAAUGGCCUCUAGCCUGACUUAUACCGGAGUGAUCUGGGCAUUGCUUUCCUUCCUUUGUGCUGGAGCCUCCUGUGUGGGUUUCUUCAUGCCUUAUUGGCUGCUGGGUUCUCAGCUGGAGAAACCAGUCUCUUUUGGCACUUUCCGGAGAUGUUCCUAUCCUGUUCGAGAUGAGAGCCGCCAGAUUACCGUCAUGGUGGAGCAGUGUGGACGUUACGCAUCCUUCCAGGCCAUUCCAAGUGUGGAAUGGCAGAUCUGCACAGUGGUGACCGGUUUGGGCUGUGGCCUCCUUCUUCUAGUGGCCCUCACUGCACUUAUGGGAUGCUGCGUAUAUGAGCUGAUCUCCAGGACUGUGGGCAGGGUGGCUGGAGGCAUCCAAUUCUUGGGGGGUUUGUUGAUUGGUUCUGGGUGUGCUCUCUAUCCUCUGGGCUGGGACAGUGAAGAAGUCAGACAAGCCUGUGGCAAUCUUUCCGACCAGUUUGAACUAGGCACCUGUGAAAUUGGCUGGGCUUACUAUUGUACAGGAGGAGGAGCUGCAGGGGCAAUGUUGAUAUGCACUUGGCUGGCCUGUUUCUCUGGCAAGAAACAAAAACAAUAUCCUUAUUAAAGCCAGAGCAAAACAGAACAAAAGCAAACAGUUUUGGGGAUAGGGGUGGGGGGGGGGGAACAGUUUGUAUGUUUUCUUGAGAAGAUGCAUAUUAACUCUUUAUUGUAGCCAGAUAAAUGCAAACAAGAGUCAGUGAAGUUGGAACCGAUGUGUGAUACUGUGAAUAAGGAGGAGGUUCUUUGGGUCUUAAGGAGGAUCUCAGACUGAGAAUCUUAGGGGGGCCUAAGUUCUAACUGUAUUCUUCCUAGCCGGUUAUGGGCAUCGUCCAACCACAUGAAGUAUCCCCUCUCAUGAAGAGUGGGGAAAAGCGAUGGGAUUUUAGCACACCAUCAGUUGAAAAGAGUUGAAGAACGUUAUCUUCAAAGACAAGGAUUGGGUCUUAGAAAAGUUUCUCAGCAAAUAGAGAAAGAAGAAAGGUGGCGUUUCUUCCCCUUUG